AUGGAACCAGCUCCCCCGCCCCCGCCCCCGCCUCCGCCCCCGCAGGACAAGGUCGUAGCACGCCCAUACAAGUGUCCCUACCCGCUCUGCGGCCGGGCAUUCAGCCGAUUAGAGCACCAGACGCGGCACAUCCGCACGCACACUGGCGAGAAGCCCUUCGAGUGCACAUUCCCUGGCUGCGAGAAGCGCUUCUCGCGCUCCGACGAGCUCACUCGUCACUCCCGCAUACACAACAACCACCACAACGCCGCUCACCCGCACCAUGACCCCCCACAUCACGUCGGUGGCGCGCCCGCCGCCGGCAGCAGCCACCGCGGCAAGGCCAAGGCCAAGGGCGAGUACGACGACGAGGGCAUGGAGCUGAGCAGUCGGCAAGCAGCACUGGAGGCGGACAGCGUCAGGGUGCAGAAGAAGGCGCGAAGCCGUGCUAACAGCGACGACGAGGACGACUCGUAUGCUCGCCCGACCGCGCUCUUCACCACCGACCCCACCGCCUACGACUACCCUGGCCCCGGCUUCCACCCCCGCCGCGGGCCCCUCGACCCCGCCCUCGCAGCGGCCCUGCCCACGUCCGCCCCCGCACACACCACCGCCUUCUCCGCGCUGUCGAGCGUUGCCAUGGAGGAGCUCUACGCACUCGAACGCAGCGAGGCACUGCGCCGCGCGGAGUACGAGAUCCGGCACAGCGAGGCGCUGCGCAGGGCGGAGUACGAGGCCCGGCACGCCGAGAUCCUCUCCUUCCACGGCCGGUUAUCCAAGAGCGCAGCGAACACGCCGCUCAACACGCCCUUCUACCCCCCAGCACCCCACGCGGAGGACACAGGCUACUUCGGCACGAGCAGGGAGCGCGAGCGCCCGCUCGUCGCCGCGAUGGAUGACGAGCACCUCGUGGACGGCCGCCGGCGGAUGAGCCUGAGCGCCGCGCGGAGAGACGUGUUUGCCGCGCACCCGCUCGCGAGCGGACACGUCGUCGACGCGUCGCAUGCGCGUAAUGCACCCGGGCAUGCCCCGCCGCACGCGCACGCGCAUGCACACGCGCCGUGGGCACAGCCGUACCACGCCGCGUCCGCGCCGCACCGCCAGCGCCUCCAUGUCGGCCACGACGACUCGCCCUCGCCCAUCUCCUCGGACUCGGACUCCGUCCAGCCCGCGCUGUCCCCCCCGCACGCGCAUGCAUCUGCGCACCACUCUGCGGCGCAGGCGCAUGCGGCGUCAGAGCAUGCGCUGCCCAGUCAGUAUGCCACGCCCAGUACGAGCCCCUUCCUUGGAGGCCUCCGCACACUCAACAUCCACUCGGGCACGCCCUCGCGCGCACCGUCGCCCUUCCGACUGCCCCCGGCGAUAGAGACCCCGGAUGAGUACAUGCAUCCCUACGAGUCGCGCACGCGCAAGGCGCAGAGCGUCGCAGGGAGCCCGCCGGGAAGCGGGCUGCUCAGCCGGAAACGCGGGAGCUCAGGCGACCUGGUGUCGUACGCGUCCUUCGGGGGACACACAGCGCCACUCGACUACUCUGCGCACGUCGGCGUCGGCCACGGCUUCCAGGCGCCCUACACGCACGAGCGCACCGCGAUCCCGACGCCGCAGCUGAGCAGCGGCCCGAGCAGCUCCGGGAGCUCGCCCAGGAGCCACGCGCACUCGCUCGGGAGCCACGGCGCGGGCAGCGCGUCGAGCUCGCGCGCGCCCUCCCCGCCGCACGGACACCACCCCGGCGCCUCGCCGCACCCGCACCACCCGCACCACCACCACCUCGCGCACUCGGUGCGCGUCGCGUUCGGGAUGACGCCGAUCCACCCACGCCGCUCCGCGUUCGUCGAGAUGCCCCCGCCGCCCGAGUACCCGGGCGUGCUGUCCGCCGCGUCCGUGCCCGUCUCCCGCGCGGCGUCUCCGCCGAUCAAGCUCCCGCCGCUGAAGCUGCCCUCGUCCCCGUCGUCGCCGCACCAGCGUGCGAUGAGUCUCUCCGAAGACCCCGCAGAGGCCGUCCAGGAGAAGGUGGAGCUCCCGCACUUCCGCGAGUUCGCGGCGGCGACGGGAUACCGCGCGGGUGCGCGUGGGGCCGCCGAGCAUGGCUCGUAG